AUCUGAUAUCUUGCGUCGACCUAGCCUCUUUUCUUCGGCUAGCGGUAGAGUCCGUGCGUGCCUCUCUCAUUCUUCUUACAGCCCAAAAAUGAAGGCAAAGGGAGAUCUCAAGGAAUACGAAGUCAUUGGGCGUAAAUUGCCCACUGAGAAGGAGAAGGAGACUCCUCUUUACAAAAUGAGGAUCUUCGCUCCUGAUCAUAUUGUUGCUAAAUCCCGUUUCUGGUACUUCUUGAGACAACUGAAGAAGUUCAAGAAGACUACUGGUGAAAUCGUAUCCGUCAAACAGAUCUCCGAAAAGUCCCCAACCAAGAUCAAGAACUUUGGUAUCUGGCUGAGGUAUGAUUCCAGAUCUGGAACUCACAACAUGUACCGUGAGUACAGAGAUUUGACUGUCUCCGGUGCUGUCACUCAGUGCUACCGUGAUAUGGGUGCUCGUCAUAGAGCUCGUGCUCACAGCAUCCAAAUCAUUAAAGUAGAGAAAGUCAAGGCAGCUGAUUGCAGAAGACCAAAUGUAACUCAGUUCCAUGAUUCUAAAAUCAGAUUCCCAUUGCCAAAACGCAUCCAGCACAGAAAACAAAUGCCUGUGUUCAGCGUCAGGAAACCAAGAACUUUCUUCCUUUAAGUUCAUAGACACUGUGUUAGCUCCUGAAGCUGAGAUUGGAAUUUAUUAAAUGAAAAUAAAUUAUUUUUAAUAAUACCUAAUCAAAAUGAA